AAGAACUUAUCCCACGUUCCAUGUAAGUUCUUUCGCCAGGGAGCUUGUCAAGCGGGCAACGCUUGUCCUUUCUCCCAUACCCUCGAUACCACAGUGGAAACGUCACCCUGUAAGUAUUUCCAGAAGGGAAACUGUCGGUUUGGCGUAAAGUGUGCGUUAGCCCAUUUUCUUCCCGAC